CCGGCCGAUGGGAAGUGUACUCACAAACAGCCCCCUUCACACGACUUGAAUCAGCUGAGAGGAGUGACACGCCGGUGCAGUGACACGGCAGCAGAACGUCCAGGAUGGCAGGAAGGCGACGAGGUCGAGGAAACAACGUCCAGCAGCAGCAGGCCCUGCAGAACCAGAGGCAAGGCCCUCGUGGGGCUCUGCGGGAGCCGGCUGCUUUUGCGAAGUCUACAGGUUGUGAAUCACAGAUCCCCCAUGACAAGCUGUCCAUUGCUCAAGCACGAAGGGGAACUCCAGCUCAUCGUCCGGUGCGAGUCUACGCUGAUGGAAUCUUUGACCUCUUCCAUUCGGGGCAUGCGCGAGCUCUGAUGCAGGCCAAAAACGUGUUCCCCAACACUCAUCUGAUAGUCGGAGUCUGCAGUGAUGAACUCACCCACAAGUUUAAGGGCUACACAGUGAUGACAGAGGACGAACGCUACGAAGCCCUGAGGCACUGCCGUUAUGUUGACGAGGUGGUGCGGGACGCUCCCUGGACUCUUACCACAGAGUUCCUCAAGAAACAUAAGAUUGACUUUGUGGCCCAUGAUGACAUCCCGUACACCUCUGCUGGAUCAGAAGACGUCUAUAAACACAUAAAGGAAGCAGGGAUGUUUGUGGCCACUCAGAGGACAGAGGGCAUCUCCACAUCCGAUCUGAUCACUCGCAUUGUCCGUGACUACGAUGUCUAUGUGCGACGCAACCUGCAAAGAGGCUACACAGCCCGAGAACUAAAUGUUGGAUUUAUUAACGAGAAUAAAUACCGGCUCCAGAACCAGGUGGACAAGAUGAAAGAGACGGUGCGGACGGUGGAGGAGAAGUCCAAACACUUUGUCUACAGGGUGGAAGAGAAGAGCCAGGACCUCAUCAGCAAGUGGGAGGAGAAGUCACGAGAAUUCAUUGGCAACUUCCUGGAGCUCUUUGGAACUGAUGGAGCCUGGCAUGUGAUUCAGGAGCGGAGCGGCAGGAUGCUUCAGGCCCUGUCACCCUACUCCUCACCCCGUGGCUCCCCAAGCAGCAGCCCCACCAGACGGCGCUCAGUUUCUCCUGAUUCCUCCUCUGCAUCCGCCUCAGCCUCGCCCUCUGCCUCUCCCUCCUCUCUCUCCCCUCCUUCCUCCCCCUCCUCACCAAAAAAGGGGACCCGCUCCUCUCUCAAGGCUACCUCCACAUACAGUAGACAUGUGCAAUAAGCUCGCACAUGGGUUACCAUCUAAGGAGGCUAUUCAUAAAAUGAUAAAAAAGGAACAAAUAAAAAUGAGAACGUCAAUUCAUUACUGGUUUAUUCAAGUGCAAUAUAUUUUAAUGUACAUAAUACU